AUGCUGAGCUUCCCACAAUCAAAAUCUGCCUUCUUCAACAACAAACCAGCCAGGAUUAGAGAUAAACAUUUGUCCCCGAAGAAUCUAGCAGGCCAUGGCGGAUCCAAGUGGCACCAACCUGUUAUCCUUCCACUGCCAAGAGAGGGAGGUAGACGUUGCUCUGUGAAGCCAGCCUUACGCAGUGCCCUCCUCUCUAGAAACCCAGUGACCCAGAGCCUUCGCUCAAGCCACAAGGUUCAACUCCUGGCUUGGAAUGGGCGGGCCAGAAGAUAG